UGUCCCGGUGCGAGCAGAGCAGUGCGGAUCACAGGCUACACGCACACCUGAGCUCCCGUUACCGCACGGGCGCACGUUGCGGCAUCAUAACGGGCUGCACGAGAAAGGAACAUUUGUAAGAUUUAUCUUCCAUGAACUGGCUGUGACUUGGAUAGUUUUUCUUCCCACUGCACGGGUUUGAGCACUUGGGACAGUUGUGAUGUCGUUAUUAACGGAACUCUAGUCAGGUUGCGGUUGACAUUUCUCGGAUAACGCGCGAGACAUUUAAGGAGCUCUGCUUUCACUUUGCAUGCAAUGCCAAGCGCUCAAGAUCAGACGCUCUUUUGGAAUUAAACAGGGCUACAAACAAACAAACAAACAAACAAACAAACGGUUAUAUUUCUUUACGCAUCGGCGAACGAGCGUGUCUCUCGGGGCGCGGGUGGCAGCCGGUUCGUGCCUGCAGCGCGCGCGCGCGCGCUCUAACCUAAAUGCCCGAGCGCUCGCAGGGCUCGCGAGGCUGGACAGAGAGAUGAGCUCGUGGCUCGUACUGCUCGUCGCGCUCGUGGCGUGUCUGCGGAUCGGUGGCGCGCAGGACCCUGUCCCUGUGUCUCUGGUGAAUUUGGUGAUGAACUCUCCCAUAUCAACCAUGAAGGACCUACAGGAGCUGCUGGACAUUCACUCCGUAGAAGAAGAAGAAGAAGAAGAGGAAGAGGACAAGAAUCAUUUAAACGGAACACACAAACGCCUUCCCAGAAGUCUCGGUGAUGUGCCGAUGGCUCAGCCAGCUGUGUGUAAGGUGCGAACCGAAGUGAUGGAAGUGACACGCUCCAUGUUGGACCGAAGCAAUGCUAACUUCCUGCUCUGGCCUCAUUGUGUGGAGGUGCAGCGCUGCUCAGGCUGCUGUAAUACACGGAUGCUGCAGUGUGUGCCUGUUACCACCCAGACACGACUUCUACAGAUGACUAAGAUCCAGUUUAUUGACAGACGGGCCGUCUACGAGAAGGUCGUGUUACCUGUGGAGGACCAUCUCAGCUGUAGUUGUAAAUCACAUGCUGUCAGUCACACCACUUGGAGAAGGACCACGACAUCCCCACCUCCUCCUCCCCCAAGACUCAUCACCAAACCCCCCGUCUCCAGGAGCCAAUCAAAAGAAGAGCUGCAUCGCCAUGACGACCUAAAACACAAACAGAGGUUCCAGCUGGAGGAUCAAGAGACUCAGUGGCAGUCAAAAUACACGCUGUCACACACACAGAGAGUGCCUGUACACAUCCCCCCACACACACUCGCACACACACAGGGCUACCAACUCGGUCCGUUCCAACACACCAGUUCAGAGGACGCAUCAACGAGGCACACAAGCUUUGGCACAACACGUAUGGUGAGCGACACGACGCAAGGUCUCACACCAGAGAAGUUUCAGGAAUACCACACACGCUCUGGCAGUGGUGAUGAUAACAUUAAAUCCACGGCGAGUGGAGAACACCCAAAACGCCACAGACAUCACCACGGCACCCAGGAAGCAGUGACAAAACACCAACAUGAGCCGAGCCAAUCACACGCAACAGAGCAGCACCGCAGCCAGCCGGAUAUCACAAUGCAUCACAGCAGCCAGCUGGAAGCCCCUGUCGUCAGCUUCAGCCACGUUGAGGUCAUUGGCCAGUCUAGUGGCCAACGUGAGCUGUUCAGCCAAGCGCCAACGGCCAGUUUGCACCAAUCAAAUGCGAAGGAUCAGCAGCAAAGCCAAUCGGAGACCGACAAGCUACCAGAGUCAGGACAAGAAAAAACAGAGCAUCAUCACCAACACCAUCACCACCACCAUCAUCAGCAUCCAACACAAGCUGCCACACAAAGAGCAGUGACAAACGCUCCCGCCGGCAUGCCUCCUGUGCCUCACACACCCCCUCCGGCCGUCGCUCAGCGAAAACGAAGGAGAAAGCAAAAGAGGAGAAUGAGCAAGUCCGCAAUGAGGGCCAUGAUCAUGGUCAUGUCCUAAAUGAACCGGCACGUUGCCAUCACGGACCAGAAGAAACCCGGAGAGACGCCGGACACAGCACGCUGACACACUGGAAAUAUUGCUCACAAUAACUGGAAACGGCUUUGAUCUCCAAAAUAUAAUCUCAGAAUGAAUACAUUUCCCAGCUUUCAGCAAAGAAGCGCCGGUGUUCGGCACUAUGGGAUAUCCUUAAGGUUUUAUUGCACAUGACCGAGACACUGCUGACAUGGCCUGCCAUAAUGAGACGGCAUGGAAACCAACACAGAGUGAGUUUGCCAAAUAAGAGAUUGCAUCAAAUAGAAAGCAGACGGCCUGCCAAAUGAUGAAACUGCAUCUCAAACCAUGAUUGGUCAGCCUGCCAAAUGAUGAGACUGCAUCUAAUACAAAGCACAGAACCUGCCAAAUAAUGACACUAUGUGGAAAUCAAUGCAGGGAUGUUAUGCCAAAUAAUGAGAUUGCAUCUAAUUCAAAGAGUCACUGCCUGCCAAAAAAUAAGACUGCAUCUAUACCUAUGAGGAGUCAGCCUGCUGAAAUAUGAGACUGCAUCAAAUUCAGUGCAGACACAACCUGCCAAAUAAUGAGAUUAUACCCAAAACAAUGUAAAACAGGUUGCCAAAUAGUGAGAUGUAAUUGUAAGAUAAAUACAGACAAUGACCCGCACUUGCAAAAUAAUGAGCAAUAGGUGUUUGUCCUGGUGUUUCAUGUUGUUAUGUUUCUCAAAUCACUUUGUGAAAAGAAGGGAAAAAAAAAGAAGUCCAGUGUGGACAAUAAACUCUAAACACAAACGCAGUCCCGUUUACGCUGGACUGCAACAGAGCAGAUGAAAUCUUACAUCUGUGGCUAAUCAAAAUAACUGGGUGCUACUUAACGGACACAAGGACUUUACUGGGAGUGUUAAAUAUUAAGCAAAUUAAUUUAAACCUAAACGCCAACCUCACAUUCAUCACAUACUGCUUGCUUGUUAAGUGUUCUUGUGUUGAAUAUGUCAACAUGUGUGAAGGAUGUUGUUAACCGAGAUGUCGCACACUGGAAUUCUCAAGAAACAAAGCAAGAAAACUUGCUUAGCUGUACUAUUAGCAACCCUGCUAGUCAUAGCAUAACUGGAAUAUACUGCAUGUUUUAGCUUGAGCUCAUUAGCAAAUAAAAACCCAAAUUAAAUGUAACGAUCAUCCACUUCUGAGGGGGUGAUGUAAAGAUUGUCGGAAACUGUGCUUAGUCACGCUAAAACUACUGAUGCUAGCAGGAACUUGUGUAUUAAAACUACUGUUUGCUAAGGAAUGCGUAAAGCUCUACUGUAAAUGUUAGUUUUUAUUUUUCUGCUGUUUUUUAUUUUAUAACUUAUUUAUAAAAAUGGUAGAUGUUUCCAUCUGUUAUUAACAGUAAUUAUUGUAAUAAUGUAAUAAUGCUAUUUUAAUAUAAAUAUAAAUAUGUGGAGAAUCCCA